UCUCUUCGAUCUGCGAAAGCAACAUCCUGCUCCGAGAUGGCCCCUGGUUUUGUUCUCCCCACGCCACGUCUAUAUAUCUGCCUUCUUCCUCUUACUGUUUACCACCUCCAACCUUCUCUCUCCCACCUCCCUUCACUUGCAUCUCAUCUCCAAGGCUUCUUCUUCUUCUUCUUCUUCUUGUUUCCGACUUGCUCUUCUCUCCUGCGUCCCAUUCGACGCGUACCCAUUAAUCAGCUUCACGAGAAGAGGCUCGACGUAUGUUGGCCUGAGCAAAUUGGGUUGUCUUCAGCUUCGCCGGUCCACGUGUUUGACAGAGCUAUAUCGGUCUGGUUUCGGUUCGAGUUAACACCGUGCAUUCCAGAUCAGUCAUUCUUGCACUCGGAGGAGGCAUCCUUCCUAAUCCCCCUGCAUCCUCAACCAAUUAACACUUAGUUAGCUGCUCAUCGACGCGGAAAAAACUCGGCUUGAUUUGAAGCAUCGAAACAAGAAAAUCAAGAUUUCUGGAACCCUCUCGCGCUUGCACUUGACCAGCCCGCGACAUUGCUUCUGAGUGGUUUACAGUGAUUGAAACCGGUCCCGAUGAGGAUAGGAGCGAGGUUGGUGGAUCAGGGCAUGAGCGGGAAGUCAGUUGGGCAAGUGAAUCAUACCAAGGUCGGGUACGUCAACAGGGUGAUCAAGAGGAAGAGGUGCACCAGGAGGAUCAGGCGGCGCCGAGCCCUGCCGUACCCGAUGGCCCUGCAGGAUCUGUUCCUCGCUUGCCGGGACAUCUUCAAAGGCCCCGGCACGGUCCCUGCCCCGGAAGACGUCCAGAGACUGUGCCGCAUUCUCGAUAAUAUGAGACCCGAGGAUGUCGGAUUGAGUCAGGAUCUUCAAUUUUUCAACCCUAAAAGCGCAACCAAAGCGACGCCAAGAGUCACCUACACCACCAUAUACAAAUGCGAUAAUUUCUCGUUGUGUUUAUUCUUCCUUCCUUCAGCUGGUGUCAUCCCCCUCCACAACCACCCGGGAAUGACCGUUUUCAGCAAACUUUUACUAGGAUCGAUGCACAUCAAAUCGUAUGAUUGGGUUGACCCCGACCACGUAUCGAAUGGCUCGACAACAUCCUCAAAACUUAGAUUGGGACAAGUGAAAGCCGACGGUGUCUUCACAGCGCCAUGCAACUCUUCUGUUCUUUAUCCAACGACGGGAGGCAAUAUCCAUGCAUUCACAGCGAUAACACCGUGCGCGAUACUAGAUGUCCUUGGACCUCCUUAUUCCCAAGAAGAAGGCCGUGACUGCUCAUAUUAUAGGGAUACUCCGUAUACUACUGAUGAUGCUUUAAAUGGCGACAUGAUUCGAACUAAGGAGGACGGCAAGAGGUUUGCCUGGUUAGAAGAAAUCGACGUGCCGGAGAACUCGCAGAUGGAUUCGAUCGAGUACUUGGGUCCGCAGGUUAUCGAGAGCGGUGGCUAGCCCAUCUGAUACUGAGAUUCACACAGAAAGUCUUCUCACUGUUUGUUUUUUUUGGGGUUUCUCCAGAGUGCAUGGAUAGAUGUUUCCCUUUCCUUUUAUGUAUUUUGGAACUGAGGCCCUGUGGCUGUAGAGUUCCCCUUUGAUGUUUCUAUAAAACGUGGUGUAUGAUAGGAGUUCAUGGAUUAGGGACAAAACCGCAGGCACCGGCUAACAGUCUGGCUCCAUUAAUUAUUUGGAUUUUCUCGUACGAAUGAAAUGAAACAGAGGAUAAGUUAAGGCUUGACAGCUAAGCCAAAAGCAA